AAAUAGGAUAUGUGCAGGACCCAGCAUCUUCCCCAUUCAGAGUGCAGUGUAUGGACGGGACAUUAGAAUACCCACGGUGCAAGCCAGGAAGGAACUGUAGAUUGAGUGAGACAGAAAUGAAGAGGAACAAUAUUAAACUAAGACAGUCAAGGAGAAGAUCUUACACGUAUCACUCUGAGGAGUAUAUUUUGUUUACAUGCAAGAUUUCCUACCAGGAAGUUUCGAACCCAGAGGAUUUUAAUGCACAGUGCCAGGAUGGAGUGAUUAACUAUCCCAGAUGUGAAUAUGUGACGUGUGAACCUCCUCCAGAAAUUGCUGGUGGAAAAGUUCAAGGUGUUAAAAAGCCAAGGUAUUUGCCUGGGGAGACAGCUCACUAUCAGUGCUGGCAAGAUUUUCAGAUGACGGGGGCUUCCAACGUAACAUGUCAGAAUGGGACCUGGACAGAGCUGCCCCAGUGCAAAGGGAAGGGUAGAAAAUGUGGCCCACCUCCAGAUAUUGAAAACGGAGACAUCCUUUCCUUCCCAUUGCCAGAAUAUGACCAAGGUCAAACUGUGAAAUACACAUGUGCAAGUUUCUACGUCCUGAAAGGACCUGAGCAAAUCACUUGUACUGACGGGCAGUGGACAAAUCCCCCAGUUUGCUUGGCGGCUUGUACGGCCUCUGAAGAAGAUAUGGACAGAAACAAUAUUGAGCUGAGAUGGAGAGGAGAAAGAAAGCUGUACUCGACAUCAGGAGAUUUUAUUGAAUUUGAUUGUAAAAUAGGAUAUGUGCAGGACCCAGCAUCUUCCCCAUUCAGAGUGCAGUGUAUGGACGGGACAUUAGAAUACCCACGGUGCAAGCCAGGAAGGUAUUUUGGAUAAAUGGAAAGGACAUGAAGGAGCCCAGCUGGAGAAAUGAAAGAUCCUUUGACCAACCCAGUGAUUUGAGCACAGUUUUCCCUGGAGUUUGCUGUUUCAUUGUGCUUUGUUUGCAGCUUAGCCAAUGUUCUGUGUUGGAAUUUGCCUUUUUUUUUUCCUUUGAAUUGUUGUAUGAUUGUUUUUACACUUAACCUUUUUUGUAAAGGUAUUUGCAUUUUAUUCAAUUCAAAUGACUGUACUUCCUUCUUACUUUUGUUCUGUAUUGAUCUCACUGUUAUUUUAUUAACAUUUGCAUCCUGAAGUAGGCUGGCUUUGGUGGCAUACUGAGACAUGAAUUAAAGCGUGCAGCUAAUUUGCUCAUCAGC